CCUUGGCCGCAAAGGUGCUUCAGCCAUGAAGGCGAACGGUUCGGGAUCGGGAAUCGCUGGGGAUCUGGCUGGAGGGAUGGAGGAGGAGCUGCCCGAAUCCCGGCGAGCCUUCCGCAACCUCUUCAACUGCUUCUACGCCCUGGGGAUGCAGGCUCCGGAUGGAUCUCUGCCCACGAGGAGCACUCUGUGGCGGCGGGUCUAUCGCUGCUUCUCGGUGGUCAUGUACAUCUGGCAGCUGCUCCUCGUCCCCACCUGCUUCGUCAUUAGCUACCGCUACAUGGGCGGCAUGGAGAUCACCCAGGUGCUGACCUCCGCCCAGGUGGCCAUCGAUGCCGUCAUCCUGCCCGCCAAGAUCGUGGCCUUGGCCUGGAAUCUCCCGCUGCUGCGGCGGGCGGAACUCCACCUGGCUGCACUGGAUGCCAGGUGCAAGGAGCAGGAGGAGUUCGACAUGAUCCUGGAUGCGGUGAGGUUCUGCAAUCGGCUCGUCUGGUUCUACCAGAUCAGCUAUGCCAUCUACUCCUCGUCGACGUUCGUGUGCGCCUUCCUCCUCGGGCAGCCGCCAUAUGCCCUCUACUUGCCCGGCCUGGACUGGCAGCGGUCCCAGAUGCAGUUCUGCAUCCAGGCGUGGAUCGAGUUCCUCAUCAUGAACUACACGUGCCUGCACCAGGCCAGCGACGAUGUCUACGCGGUGAUCUACCUGUACGUGGUGCGCGUCCAAGUGCAACUGCUGGCCCAAAGGGUGCAGAAGCUGGGCAGGAAUGAGGCGACUGGCCAGGUGGAUGUGUAUCCCGAUGAGCGGAUGCAGGCGGAGCACUGUGCCGAGCUGCAGCGAUGCAUCGUGGACCACCAGACGGUGCUGCAGCUGCUCGGCUGCAUUAGUCCGGUGAUCUCGCGGACCAUCUUCGUCCAGUUCCUGAUCACCGCCGCCAUCAUGGGCACCACCAUGAUCAACAUCUUCAUAUUCGCGAACACGAACACGAAGAUCGCCUCGAUCAUCUACCUGAUGGCGGUCACCCUGCAGACGGCUCCCUGCUGCUACCAGGCCACCUCGCUGAUGCUGGACAACGAGAAGCUGGCGCUGGCCAUCUUCCAGUGCCAGUGGCUGGGCCAGAGCGCCAGGUUCCGCAAGAUGCUCCUCUACUACCUGCACCGCGCCCAGCAGCCCAUCACCCUCACGGCCAUGAAGCUGUUCCCCAUCAACCUGGCCACCUACUUCAGUAUAGCCAAGUUCUCGUUUUCGCUCUACACGCUCAUCAAAGGCAUGAAUCUCGGCGAGCGAUUUACCAAAGCAAAUUGAAUAACCAUCAUCUUCGCGUUUGCUGGAAAGAAUAGUAGAUUAUAUUGAAUCUUAUAUUAUCUUAGGAACCCCAAGCAAAUCACAAAUGUAGAUUGAUUGAUUAUGAGUUUAGGUAUAGAUGAUUUUUUUUUAUAGUGUAACACAUUUUAUUGUCACUUUAACUGUAGUUUUACAACUUUGUUCUAGAGAAAGUCUUUUAAAAUUCUUGUAUUUAGAUCUGUUAUGUCACUUAAAUAGAGGCAAUAAACGAAAACACGCAAUGUGCCAACAAAUUGGACCUCCUUCUAGAGAUUCCAAAGUCUUUCAAUGAUUUUCUGACGGUGUCUCGCCUUUUGAGCCUUAACAGAUUGGGAAUCACAAGUGAAAUCGAUAAUGAUCGCUAAUCGGGCAUAACAGAAGCCUGCUAACCACUGGACCACUUUGCCGCACCUUCCCCUUCCACUUUUCGUGGAGCCGCCCAAGGCGAAGCACCUGU